GUCCUCUCCAUCUCUUUCCAAUUUCUCCUCAGCAAGUCUCUUCCUGGCUUUACUCUCAUGGACUGAAGGGGGGGAAAAGGGCUCAAAAUAUCGCGAGAUGGAGAAAUUCUCGUACAACUCGUAUCCCGAUUCGGCCGACUCGUCGCCGCGAUCUCGCGAGAUCGAAUUCGACAACCCGCCGCCAUGGGAGGACCAGCAGCAGCAGCCCCCGCCGCAGAGCUACAAGGUGAAGUUCAUGUGCAGCUAUGGCGGCAAGAUCCAGCCGCGGCCGCAUGAUAACCAGCUCACUUAUGUCGGCGGCGAGACGAAGAUCCUCUCCGUCGACCGCGGAAUCAGGUUUCCCGCCAUGGUCUCAAAGCUCUCCGCCAUCGUCAGCGGAGAAGCCGGCGGCGACGUCACGUUCAAGUACCAGUUACCUGGUGAAGACCUGGACGCCUUGAUCUCAGUGACCAACGACGACGAUCUCGAGCACAUGAUGCACGAGUACGAUCGGCUCAUCCGUAUGUCCUCUAAGCCUCCUAGGAUGCGCCUUUUCCUCUUCCCGGCGUCUUCUAAUUCCGGUGGGUUUGGCUCCGAGGGUUCCACGAAAUCGGAUCGGGAUCGGUUCGUUGAGGCGCUGAACUCAGUUCCGAGUCGACCGGAAUCGGAGAAGUCCGUAACAGCUCCUCCGAAUAAUGCGGAUUUCCUGUUUGGAUCGGAGAACGGAUUAGCUCAUCCACCGCCGCCGCCAGCUGUGAAGGUCCGUCAGGCGGUGCCGGAGUCUGUAACCCUUGAAGCUCCGAUCAUCAGCGAUCAGCCCGUGAUCUCGCCGGAUCACGGCGUGAAUCCAGCGGAGAUACAGAGACAGCUACAGGAAUUCCAGAGGCUGCAGAUCAGGGAUCAGGAGCAACAGCAGCAGCAACAACAACAACAACAGCUGCUUCAGCAACAACAGGAGGCUGUUUACAGGAGAAAGAGCAAGGACGGUCUCAUAGAGACCGGAGGAUACUUCCCACCGGCCUUCGCCCAAAAUCCGCUGCCGGGAAGAGCGACCUUGCCGCAGCAGACGAGUCCUCCAGCUCCGGCGGGUUUCUGGCAAGGGAAUCACAUCCCAGAAAGCGUCUUCCCGGCUACCACACCGGGGCCACCUGAGCGACCGGUGUACAUGAUACAAGGUCCAGCUCCGGGGACUGUAUACUACGCACCGCCGCCAGGCGUCAUGAGACCGAUGGCCACCGGACAGUGCAGUCAGGGGCAGAGGAUGACACCGGAUGCAUAUAGGGAGCAGCCGGCAUACAACAUGGUUCAGCCGCCGCCUCCGCAGCAGCCACCGGCAGGAACACAGGCACCUCCGCCUCCAUAUUCCGCCGCCGCACUGCCGCGGCCCGUGGUGGGUAGUGGGCCGAUGGGGUUACAUGAUCCGGCGGGUUAUACCCAGGUGGCCUACGACGGAUCGGGGAUGGGGAAACAAGUGUACUACACUGCACCGGGAGGAGCCAUGUUUGCUCCACCGCAGCCGCAGUACCAUGGGAUCAGCGUGCCCGUUAGUGGCAUCAACGAGGUGAGGACUGGUCAGGACGGAAAAGUUGCCAUGGCAAUGGCGCCGAAAGUGUCACAGAGUUCAGAUUCGACCUGAGGAUGAGCUUUGACGAGGAUCUUGGUGUCAGGGCUAACAGCCAGAGCUCCGGAAUCGCGGGUAUUGCCCAGAUCCCGGGGAGAUUCUCCGGCGAGGUGGAGAUCCAUGUAUUAAUAUACAAUUUGCCCUAUUAUUAUUAGUAAUAUUAUUAUUAUGAUCACGAAUGACUUACAACAGAAAUAACUGACAACAAAGGAUAAAUUUUCAUAAAAGAUAAUGGAAAAUGGAAGAUUAAACCAAUGAACUAAAACAAAAUCCAAAACUCCUACACGGUUCUUCUUCAGAUCAUACCAGUCGCCCUCGCCAGAAAAAGAAUAUAUAAAAAAAACAAAACAAAAA